AUGAGCAGCAAUAUGCUGAUAGAGGUGUUUGGCCAGAUCGUAUUCAGUUUUACAAGAGGCGUGACAGAGCAUUACAACCCAGAAGAACCUGAAUCAGUGGUUUUUGGUUACGAUCCUCUACAGGGGACUGGUUUGGAAUGGAACUAUCAACCUGUUGAGGAGGUUAUUUAUCAGGAAUACAGCGAGAGAGAAGCAACUAGCUUGGAUUAUUUAAUGGCUUGCAGUCCUAAGGUAAGAAUCAUAAACGCAUGCUCAUCAGACGACAAUGAAGAAACACACGAAAACAGCUCACAAGAUGACGAAGAUAGAGCAAUGGCGUGGAAGCGAUUAAGACCAUCUGCUCUCCACACUACUUGGAAAUCAAUGUACUUUGGAGCCUCGAUCUCACUUCUAACUGCUACCGUCAUAGGUUCACUAUACAUAUUGAUUUCAUUUCUACUGUACAAAACUGUAAACAACUGCGAAUUUUACCCAAAGAAAUCCAUUCCUGUGAAAGUUCAAUGGUUAUGA